CACAUUAUUCAUAUGCCUAGGCUACAUAGAUUGUUUUAGCCUAAUUAUUUCAAAUUGUCCAACUUGUGCAGUCGAUCAGGCAGCACAUCUGGGGACAUAACCUUGUUUUAAAAAAAGCUUAAUCAAUCAAAAAAAUUAAGCACAAACUUAAACACAAUUUAAGUUUACUUAUGCUACAGAUAAGUGUCACAUUUUUCAGGCAUUGUAAAGAGGGUCUGUGCCGAAGAAGAGUGGCUUUGUUUGACCUUAUCUGUAUAUUUGUUAGGUAUUUUUCUCGAGGGGAAUUUUACACCCCAGACUUUCUUUUUUUUAUCAUAGUGGAACAAAGCUAAAUCAAUUUGGUUGAAAUGGUAGAUGUGUGUCUCCUGUGACUAUAAUGACCUACUUAAACAAGGCACUUAGGAAAGAACCACGGCCAGAGCAACAAUAGCUGACUUGUGUUCACACACUAAUAAAGUUCAAAGUAGUCACUUAAACAUUACGCUAUGUUAUCUAUAUGCGUAGUAGAUGUGUCGUAAAGGCCUUAUGGCUUUUCUAGUGUGAGUGAGACACCACAUGGAGGAGGUCUCUCGUGCCCCACUCGUCGUAGCCAAUGGCGAGAGAGAGAGCGGCCAGUGGGGGAAGUGCUGGCGGCGAGGGAGGAGCCUCAUGCGCAGCUGCUGACACCCAUCAAAAAUUACAGAGCUAAAGAGACUAGAAACUAAACGGGGGUCCGAGGUUCCCCUCCAAGACAGGCAGCUUCGGCCGUCCCGCUCUGGCAAAUUGGGAACUGUGGAAUAACAGGAUGCUGGCAAGAUCACCGCGGAUGAUCGCAUGUUUGAAUAGGAGCGAACUGAAGUUUGUCGUCUCCUUCGGCCGUGGACUGUAAACAGAGGGAUUAUUUCGGAGAUAAAUAUUGGCCGGUUUGUUUGGAGGCUUUGCAGCCAAACCUGCUCGGCUGACACAUUUUCAUGUUUCAAAUGUGUGCGGUCGCUACAUGCAAAACGGCAAAACGAUACUGAUUGCACGAAUCCAUGCAACGAACGAGAUACCGACAGAGUUUCUCCAAAAUCUAAACCGUGGAUUUUAUUAAGACCUCUUUCAACGAGGCGCCGUGUCUCAGCUUUUGGUACUUCUGUGGGCUUGCUUACAUUGAGGCAAGCAUUAUCAUCUAGCCUACUCCUUUCAAAAACGGCAGCGGGUGACAAUGUUGCUUUGAAGGAAUUCCACCGAAUAGCAACAAAUGUAUUCGGAAACGAGUCAUUUGCGGCUUCUCAGCUGACCUACUAGUUGUUCGAAGCCGAGUCUCUCCUCUGUAUUCCCAGACGGACUGGCGAACUUCAGUGAUAAGAGGGCUCUGAAAAGUGGACUACAUUCUCGAGGGCACAAUUUUAAAAGGCGAAUGUUGCUCUAUUUCGGCAACAAAAUGCAAGUACAUUAGCCGUUCGAAAGCUGUUUAGUGUCCUCAUGUUUUCAAACUCACUGGUCGUCGCUUCAACAACGAAACAUCCCGUGAAGGAGGCAUUUUCUCUCACGCUGCAUAAUGUACGAGAGCUUGGACGUGAUUGGGCUCACCCCUAGUACGAAUCCGUUUCUAAGCAUGGAUUACUAUCACCAAAACCGCGGAUGCUUGAUCCCCGAGAAAGGCCUCGUGCCUGGAGCGCCCCGUCCGUACACCUCUAUCCGAAACCAACACUGGAGUGGCUCCAAUCACUCGGUGGAGACCCAGAGUACUAGCUCGGAGGAGAUUGUGCCCAGCCCGCCGUCCCCUCCUCCCCCUCCGCGGGUCUACAAGCCCUGCUUCGUGUGCCAGGACAAGUCCUCAGGGUACCACUAUGGAGUUAGCGCCUGCGAAGGAUGCAAGGGCUUCUUCCGGCGGAGCAUCCAGAAGAACAUGGUGUACACGUGUCACCGGGAGAAGAGCUGCAUCAUCAACAAGGUCACGCGCAACCGCUGCCAGUACUGCCGACUGCAGAAAUGCUUCGAAGUGGGCAUGUCCAAAGAAUCGGUGAGAAAUGACCGGAACAAGAAGAAAAAGGAGGAGAAGAAACCGGAUUGUUCGGAGAACUACACGCUGAGCCCCGACACGGAGGACAUGAUCGAGCGCGUACGCAAAGCCCACCAGGAGACCUUCCCCUCGCUAUGCCAACUGGGCAAAUACACAACGAGUAACAGUGCGGAGCAGCGCGUGGCCCUGGACGUGGAUCUGUGGGACAAGUUCAGCGAGCUGUCCACCAAGUGCAUCAUCAAGACGGUGGAGUUCGCCAAGCAGCUCCCCGGAUUCACCACGCUCACCAUCGCAGACCAGAUCACCCUGCUCAAGGCGGCCUGCCUAGACAUACUGAUUCUGAGGAUCUGCACGCGGUACACCCCCGACCAGGACACCAUGACGUUUUCGGACGGCCUGACGCUGAACCGCACGCAGAUGCACAACGCCGGCUUCGGGCCGCUCACCGACCUGGUCUUCGCCUUCGCCAACCAGCUGCUGCCGCUCGAAAUGGACGACGCCGAGACAGGCCUACUUAGCGCCAUCUGCCUGCUGUGUGGAGAUCGUCAGGACCUUGAGGAGUCGGACAAGGUGGACGUCCUGCAGGAGCCGCUGCUGGAGGCCCUGAAGCUCUACGUCAGGAACCGCCGGCCCCACAAGCCACACAUGUUCCCCAAGAUGCUCAUGAAGAUCACAGACCUGCGCAGCAUCAGCGCUAAAGGUGCGGAGCGUGUGAUCACCCUGAAGAUGGAGAUCCCGGGCUCCAUGCCGCCUCUGAUCCAGGAGAUGCUGGAGAACUCUGAGGGGCUGGAGAGCCAGGGUGGCGGGGCGCGGGGCGGAGGAGGAGGAAAAGGAGGAAAAGGAGGAAAAGGAGGAAAAGGAGCCAAGGCGGGCAGCUGUAGCCCCAGCCUCUCCCCCAGCUCCGACCACAGCAGCCCCCCGCCACCCUCGCCCUCCCCUUCCCCAUGAUGGAACCUCCCCUCACACUCUCUCUCACACACACACACACACACACACACGUAAACACACACACACACAGCACUGUGGAUGCCACCGGCCCGACAACACCUCCACCAACCCAGCAAACACCUGACAACCCAUCCCACCCCGCUCCUUGCCUUCCUCUCCUCUCCUCUGCCUUUCCUGGUACCCCCCCACCCCUGCCUUUCAUUCCUGCUUCACUAUUGCCCUGAGCCCCCCCCUACCCCCUUCCCCCUACCCCAAACACCUGACCCCAGGCCUAUUGUUUUUUUUUUCGGGGAGGGAGGAGAACUGCAUUGGGUUUGGAUUGGGCUGGGCCGGGCCGGGCCGGGUCGGGUCGGGUUGGACCAAACAGCGGGACCAGGACCUCCAUUUUUCCCCCCCUGUUGAGUGGUCUUCUGUUUUCCACCCCUUGAAAAUAAAAACACUCGGGGAGAGUUGGGGCAGACAUUUCAAUGGGUGGCCAAGGGGUCCGGAUCACGUUUGAAGAAACACAAAGCUGUUGCUUUGUCACUUGGACAGGAGACAGGAGGAUGAGGGUUGAGGGUUGGGGGAUGGGGGAUGCGAAGACCCCUGGAUCAGAGGACCACCUGACAACCACCCACCCACCCAGCCAGCCCACCACCGCACUGCCCGACCCCAUCCUGA